UUGGUUUUUGAAGAUUCCUUGUUUCUAGAUCUUUGCUGUUCCAGUUGUCAUUGCAUAUCCUCUUGUCUUGUCAUCCGAAUUUCCACGUUAACCUCGGCUUUGAUUACCAUACCGAAACGACCACAACACCACAAAAAUGCCUCUGACUGGACAAGACGUCGGGAAGCAUAACUCGAGAGAGUCGUGCUGGGUUAUAGUGCAUGGAAAAGCAUACGAUGUCACGGAAUUCUUACCUGAGCACCCUGGCGGUCCCAAAAUCAUCCUCAAGUAUGCUGGUAAAGAUGCGACAGAAGAAUUUGACCCGAUCCACCCUCCCGACACCCUCGACAAGUACCUCGACAAGUCGAAGCACCUGGGACCGGUUGAUAUGAGCACUGUUGAGAAGGAGGAGAGGGUAGAGUCACCAGAAGAAAGGGAACGACAGGAGCAUAUUGCACGCAUGCCAAUCCUGGAACAAUGCUACAACCUGAUGGAUUUCGAGGCCGUGGCCCGAAAGGUUAUGAAGAAAACAGCUUGGGCAUACUACUCUAGUGGAGCCGACGAUGAAAUUACUAUGAGAGAAAACCACUCCGCCUUCCACAAGAUCUGGUUCCGACCCCGCAUUCUUGUCGACGUCGAGAAAGUCGAUUUCAGCACCACGAUGCUGGGAACCAAGGUCGACAUCCCAUUCUACGUAACCGCCACCGCUCUGGGAAAGCUUGGAAACCCAGAGGGAGAAGUUGUUCUUACCCGCGCUGCGAAGAAGCACAAUGUUAUUCAGAUGAUCCCCACCCUCGCCUCCUGCUCUUUCGACGAGAUCGUAGAUGCAGCGGAGGGAGACCAGGUCCAAUGGUUGCAAUUAUACGUCAACAAGGACCGAGAAAUCACCAAGAAGAUCGUGCAGCAUGCCGAGCGACGAGGUUGCAAGGGUCUCUUCAUCACGGUCGAUGCUCCCCAACUGGGCCGUCGAGAAAAGGAUAUGCGAUCCAAGUUCACGGAUGUUGGGUCCAACGUCCAGGCAGGUUCUGAAGUAGACAAAUCGCAAGGUGCUGCGAGAGCUAUUUCCAGCUUUAUUGACCCUGCACUGAGCUGGAAGGAUAUUCCCUGGUUCAAGUCCAUCACUAAAAUGCCCAUCAUUCUGAAGGGUGUGCAACGUGUUGAAGAUGUUCUCCUUGCCGUCGAGGCCGGGGUUCAUGGAGUUGUUCUCUCCAACCACGGAGGUCGGCAGCUGGAUUUCGCACGUUCGGGAAUCGAGGUUCUUGCGGAAGUCAUGCCUGUUCUCCGGGAGCGAGGCUGGGAUAAGCGCAUCGAGAUCUAUAUCGAUGGUGGUGUGAGAAGAGCUACGGAUAUCAUCAAGGCAUUGUGUCUUGGUGCCAAGGGAGUUGGUAUUGGAAGACCCUUCCUGUUUGCUAUGAGUGCAUAUGGACAGCCGGGUGUGGAUCGAGCCAUGCAGUUGUUGAAGGAUGAGAUGGAGAUGAACAUGAGGUUGAUUGGGUGCUCAAGUGUUGAUCAGUUGAACCCUACCCUGGUGGAUACAAGAGGACUGAGCAUGCACACUGCGACUGUGCCCGUUGAUACUUUGGGACAAACCGCUUACGAGCCAUUGGUGAACCCGAAGGAGAAGGCCAAGUUAUAAGUUAUAUCCCGAGGCUUUGAUAGUCUGG